CACUGGGCUCAGCUUUGUGCCAUAAACUCUUGUUCCUUCUUUCCUUCCUCCCCCUCUCUGUCCCCUUGUCCCUCCCCGCCCUCCCCCUCCUCCUCUGCCACAGGCUGCCAAGCUGCCAAUGUCCAUCAUCAUCGUGGGAGUUGGACAGGCCGAAUUUGACGCUAUGGUGGAGCUGGACGGCGACGACAUCAGAAUCUCGUCCCGAGGGAAAAUCGCCGAGCGAGACAUUGUCCAGUUUGUUCCGUUCCGGGAUUACAUCGACCGCACAGGGAACCACGUGCUGAGCAUGGCCCGCCUGGCCAAAGACGUCCUGGCGGAGAUCCCCGACCAGUUCAUUUCCUACAUGAAGGGACAGGGCAUCAAGCCCAGCCCCCCACCCCCUCCGUACACCCCGACCGGCCCCACCCUGCAGACGCAGAUCUGACCAGCAGGAGGGAAGGGGAGCCACUUGGGCAGCUCUGGCUCUAGCUGCAGCCCACGGCAGAUCUCCCUGGACUGUCUCCACACUCGGCUUUCAGCAGGGUCCGACACCGGCUCAUCCUCAUGCGUCCGUGGAAGGUUUGUGGGACUCGGACACAAAGGAGCGAGAGGACAAGCCCAGCACCUGACAAGCUUCCUCUCCGGAAGGGGGGUGGGGGGAGUUGUCACCCCAGCAGACAGUGCAGUGGAAUCCCCCGUCACCUGGUUUUGUUGGGUCUCAGCAGAUCAGCUGUUCUGCCAGGCCCCCAGCCUCGUUUCUCUCCUCCCCUUUCCAAAGGUCUCAGAGUAUUUUAUAGCUCAUAGGCUGCUGCCUUUUCACCCAUCUCCUUGCUCUUGGCUGUCUUGGCUUAUGUACCAGCUUGGCAGACCUUUGGUUGGCUGCAGAGCCCGGGUUUCCGCGCUGCUUGCUCUGCUGAUGCUCAGGCUGCACCCAUAUUCUGAGUUGCUAACGCUCCAGCAUCUACCGGUGCAAUGUGGCAGAGAGCGUUCGGGGGCUGCCUAGACCCACACGGUUGAGCUCCCGCUCUUUCCCAGCCCGGGCGCAGU